CACUCAUAGGACACUUCCAACGCCAAGUGAUCAAAUAUUCCAAAGCUCUGAAUCUUUACAUCUUUCUUGGUCACCUACAUAAUCACGACUUGAUGUGUAAAAGGGCAUUGAUUAAUUACAACAUUCAGCUCGAUCUUAAUUGCCAUGAAAAACAAGAUAUCAUGAUUCUGAGCUAGGCAUUAGCUUAGCAAAUUAAUACCUAGCAAUAGCAAGAACAAGAAGGUAAUUAAAUCCACCAAACUGAUAUCAUGUGGCUCUUUGGAUUCUCCACCAAACAUCCAAGAAAUAUGUGGAUAAUUGGAGCCAUAUCCCUAGUAAUCCUUGUAAUCACAGCCUUGAGGAGAUAUUUCAUGCACCUUGAUCAUAAGAAAACAAGUGAUGAUGGUGAUCAUCGCUGCAGCACUGCUGUCCAAGUUACAGGAAGAGUAGUAGAGCAAGAAGCAGUGGUUACCAAGUGGUGCCCUGGUUUCAUACGGACUUACGCACUCGAGGAGUUGAAGAUGGCAACAAGGGAUUUUCGAAUUCGGAUAGGGGUUGGAGCUACUUCUUUUGUUUAUCUUGCAGAUCUUGGGGAUGGACGAUUCGGGGCGGUGAAGAGAGUGAUGGAGGAUAGAGGUGGGAGCAAGAAGAUAUUCUUGGAUGAAGUCUCAGUCUUGUUACGGAUUUCUCAUCCAAAUUUAGCCAGGUUGAUGGGUUUCUGCUUGGAAAAAGGAGAACAACUUCUUCUACUAGAGUAUGUCCCAAACAAGACUCUCUUUGACAGGAUCCAUACUUACCAUGGCCAAUCCUCGGGUAUUCUUUCAUGGUCUAGCCGCUUACGCAUUGCACUUGACAUUGCUCGAGCGCUCGAUUACCUCCACUCGCGAGCUGAUCCAACCAUCAUUCACAGGGAUGUCAAGUCCUCUAACAUCCUCUUAGUUGACGAUGAUCACGCCAAGUUAGCUGACUUUGGGCUAUGCAAGUUAGGCUAUGACAGACCAGACUCAGAAACUAGCACCACUCCUAGUACUUCUCCAACUAGCAUCAAGGGCUCUUUUGGUUACAUUGACAUCAACUACCUCAAUACAGGCCUUGCAACACCCAAGAUUGAUGUUUAUAGCUACGGGGUGCUACUACUUGAGCUCAUCACAGGCCUCAAAUCAAUACAAGGUUCUGUGACGCUUGCUGAAUGGACCGAGGAGUGGAGGAAGAGUGAUGAUGUAGAAGUUUGGGCUAAUCUACUGGAUCCAAAACUUAACGGGAAUGCGAAUUUGGAGCAGUUAAGUGUAUUGAUCCAUGUAGCCAAUUUGGCUCUACUAGAGAAUUCCGAAGGGAGACCAGAAAUGGGGCAGAUUGUCGAUAGAAUUCGAAGUUGUAUGGAACCUCAACCCAAUCCCCACUUGUUGUCAGUAUAAAACCUUACAUGCACAUACUCUGCUUUGGUUCACUGCAUUGAUUGUAAUCU